CAAUUCCAUUCCAUUCGGCUACUAGUGAUAGCUUUAAAACUAUGGUUGAAGCAAUUGGACAAUAUGGUCCGGGAUUGGUUCCACCGAGUAUGUAUGAGCUAAGAGUUCAUUUUCUUAAGAAGGAAGUGGAUGAGGUGGACACCAAAAUAUUGGAGUUCAAGAAAGAAUGGGCAAUAAAGGGUUGUUCUAUUUUAUCCGAUGGAUGGCGUGAUUCGGUGGUGCAAAAAGAUAUUGUCAACUUUCUUGUCAACUCUCCAAGAGGCUCCGUGUUCAUCAAAUCGGUGGAAGUUUCCGAAGUUGUGAAAGAUGCACAAACGUUGUUUAAAAUGCUUGAUGCCAUUGUUGAGGAAGUUGGAGAGGAAAAUGUUGUGCAAGUGGUGACGGAUAAUGCUUCUAACUAUGUUAAAGCGGGUAAGUAGUUUAAAUCAUCUUUAAUUUAAACUUUCAAUUUAUGUUUUCUUAAUGAUUAAAGCUUAAUCUUUUUGAAUAUGGAAAUUUCUUAUGCUCGAAAGACCACAUCUCUAUUGGACUCCAUGUGCCGCACAUUGUGUGGACUUGAUGUUGGAGGAUAUUGGAAAGCUUCCAAUGAUUAAGAAUGCUAUCAAGAAGGCAAUCUACAUGAAUGGUUAUAUAUAUAACCAUGUCGCCGUUGUGAACAUGAUGAGGAGAUUCACCAAUCAAAGGAAUUUGCAUCGACCGGCGGUCACAAGAUUUGCAACUUCCUUUAUCACUCUUGCACAAUAUCACAAGCAAAAAAAACAAUUUGAGGAAAAUGGUUACUUCGGAAGAGUGGAUUGCUUCAAAGUGGCAAAAGGAUGCGGGAGGGAGGAAGAUGACAUCUAUUAUUUUGCAAGACACAUUUUGGAGGAAUGUGUUGUAUGCUCUUAAGUUGGUAGGUCCUCUUGUGAAAGUACUUCGGAUGGUUGAUGGGGAUAAAAAACCGGCAAUGGGGUACAUUUAUGAAGCUAUGGAUAGAGCUAAAAAGGCUAUUGCUAAGAGUUUUGGUCACAAAGAGGAGCGUUACAAAGAAGCUUUUGAGAUAAUUGAUAAAAGAUGGGAUUGCCAACUUCAUCGCCCUUUACAUGCGGCCAGAUACUUUCUAAAUCCGGAAAUCUAUUAUGAUAAUCCGGAGGGAGUGAGUUGUCAAGAGGUUGAGAAAGGCUUGUAUGAAAGCAUUCAAAGGUUGGUUCGCGAUGAAGCAACCCAAGACAAGAUCAUGGUUGAGUUAGAUGCCUACAAAAAUGCAACGGGUCUAUUUGGCAAUGCAAUGGCGAUUAGACAUAGAAAGAUGAAAUCACCGGCGGAUUGGUGGUCUUGUUAUGGAUCUUCAAGUCCCAACCUCAAAUCUUUUGCGAUAAAAGUUCUUAGCCUCACUUGUAGUGCUACCGGAUGUGAGAGAAAUUGGAGUGUCUUUCAACAUCUUCAUACCAAGAAGAGAAACCGAUUGGCACAAGACCGGCUCAAUCACUUGGUUUAUGUGAAGUAUAAUCGCACUUUGGAAAGGCGAUACAAAAGGAAAGACACAAUAGAUCCUAUUUUAUUAGAAGAGAUUGAUGAUAGCAAUGAAUGGUUGCUUGGACAUAUGGAUGAGGACUCUUCUAAUGAAGAUAAUGAUCUUGUGUUUGGAGAUGAUAAUUUGACAUGGAGUGCCGUUAGCAAGGCUUCGGGAGCUAAUGAUCCUAUUUAUAGCACUAGACAUGCAUCUAGAGUUGAUAAAUGAAAGGGUGUAGUUGCUUCGGGUUCGAGAAGACUCUUAGAUGAGGAUGAGGAUGAGGUUGGGGAGGAGAUGGAAGAGGACAUUGGUGAAGACAAAGAUGAUGAAGGAGAUGGGGAUGAUGCACUUAAUGAUGAUGAUUUUUGAUUAGUUGCUUGAGAUUUGAUUGAACUUUUAGACUUGCGUACUUUAAACUUAAGUAUUUGUGUGUUUUAUUUUUUAAAUUAAGUAUUUGUGUGUUUAAGUA